AUGGCAACAUCCCCCUCUACCAAUUACUGCGCUUACAUCGACCCCAACUCCGGGCAGCAUCGAAUUGGCCAUCUUGACCUGUCGACAGAGCAGAUUCAUCCUCUUGUUUUCUUGUCCGGCACUCGAAUCUCCGAUUUGUACCAAGUGAUCGAAGCGGGAGAGGAGAAUAUCCAGCUAGGAAGAGGGGACUCCAUCCCCUUAUCUCAAGUUAAACUCCUCCCGCCGAUAUCUGGCCGGGAUAUCCUGGCAGUCGGGAAGAACUAUGUCGAACAUGCGAAAGAGUUCAAUUCCUCAGGAUUUGAUUCAUCAGAUAAGAACGAUCAACCAACGUUCCCAGUGAUCUUCACCAAACGCGCAACGUCUAUCAUUGCCCAUGGAGAGCAGGUCCUCCUUCAUACUGGUUUCACCGAGACACCAGACUAUGAAGGCGAGAUCGGAGUGAUCAUCGGCAAAGCCGGACACAAGAUCCCCGAGUCCGAAGCAAUGGAUUAUGUCUGGGGUUACACCAUCAUCAACGAUUUCACUGCCCGGGAAAAGCAGAGAGACCAUAAACAAUUCUACAUCGGCAAGUCUCCAGACACAUUCUGUCCUAUUGGGCCCGUUGCGGUUCCAAAAGAGCACCUUCCUACCAAUCUCCAAUUGCAAACUUUCGUCAACGGAGAGAAGAGGCAGGAGGCCACACUCGACCAGCUAAUCUUCAGUAUCCCAACGCUGGUCUCCUGCUUAUCCCAGGGCCAAACACUACAACCAGGAGACACCCUUGCAACCGGCACACCGUACGGUGUUGGAUUCGGCUUCCGACCCAUGAAAUUCCUCCAAGCUGGAGAUGAAGUGAAAGUCUCUGUAACCGGACUGGGAACCCUCACAAACUACAUGGCAGCCACCGAUACCAUCAACCCAACCGUUGAGCGCGUGAAAUCCCAAUCCUCAAUCCCAGUAUCCAACCAAAAGGCUCGAGGCCAUGAAGGGCUCGUGAAAGUUGGUACCAAAGAGCUCUUCACUCAAGUCCAAGGACAAACCGAAGGACCGCCGAUCGUCUUCAUACACGGCCUCGGCGGCUCAUCAACCUAUUUCAGUCCGCUUGUCGCGAAACUAUCAUCCACACAUGCUCUUUACCUAAGUGACCUCGAAGGUCACGGCCUAUCCCCAACCAACGCGCUCAGCGAAAUCACUAUCGCAUCACUCGCCUCCGACAUCCGCGAGGUAUACCACAACGCUCGUCCCGAUCGCAAACCGGCAACAAUCAUCGCUCACUCGAUGGGCUGCCUCGUUGCCAUGAAGCUUGCCCUCGAAAAUCCAGAAUUAGUCUCCUCUCUAAUUCUAAUGGGACCACCCCCAUCGCCGUUGCCGGAAGCCGGCAGUGCUGGAAGCUUUGCGCGUGCCGAAUUGGUCCGCAAUCAGGGCAUGGUGGCGGUUGCUGACGCUGUUGUGAACGCGGGAUUAUCGCCCAAGACAAGGGAGAGCAAUCCAUUAGCGGUCGCAGCUACACGCAUAUCAUUGCUCGGGCAAGACCCAGAGGGAUAUGCGAAAGCAUGCACGGCUCUGGCGAAGUCUGCCAAGGAGACACUAGAUACACGAAGCUUGACUUGUCCGACGCUAAUCCUCACGGGUGAUCAUGAUGCUAUCAGUCCACCGAGUUUAUGCUUUUCUUACGGGGAGAGUAUUAAAAACUCUGAAGUUCAGGUGCUGGAGACUGUCGGACAUUGGCAUUUGUUUGAAGAUGUUGAGGGGGUUUCCGGUGCGGUUUAUACUUUUCUAGAAAGGUUGCAGUAG